AUGAUCGACGAGGAGAGAAAGAGACUGCGAACAACAAGAAGAGAAAAAGAAGAAGAAGCGCAUCGACGAGGAUCUUUUUCUUCUUCCUCUCCCGUGCUUCUUCUCUCUCCGAAGAACUUCUCCACGACCAGCGCGUGUGGGUUUUUUUCUUCCUUCUCUUCUUCGUGUUUGCAGUCGCCGACGACCGGGAGAAUACACCACCAAAACCGAACACGACGACGACGAAGACAACACCAAAGAGAAGACGACGAAGACGACGAAGACGACGAAGACGAACGAGGGAGGAUUAGUUUGCUCUUGCCGUUCCACGAUGACGAGGACGAGGAGGACGAGCCUUCUUCUUUGUGCGCCUCUUCCUCCUCGGAGGACGAGGAAGAAGACCAAGAAGACCAAGAAGAAGAAGAAGAAGAAGACUCUUUGAGCAAAAGAGUUUUCUCGCCUUUGCUGUAUUUUUACGAUAGCAAUAAAACGCUCUCUGAGAAAGAAGAAGAAGAAGAAGAAGAAAAGGACGAAGGCGAACCAGACCAACGAGAAGAGAGAAUGGCAGGAGUUUCUACGACAAGAACAACAUCUCGAGAUGCCGCGACUCUGGUGUACUUGCGAGGCAACUCUUCGAAGGAGAACGCGGCGAGUUUUAGAGUCGUCGUUCUCACAACCGAUGGGAAAACGAGCGAUGAGAUGCGGUGGCGCAAGUACGGACAAAAGUUUGUUAAAGGAAGCAAAUAUCCUCGUAGCUAUUAUAAGUGUACUUCUAUCUCGAACAUGAACAUUCAAAAGCACGUGGAAGAAGUGGACGACAACGGGGGACAAAAAAUAUUGGUAACGUUUCACACGCAAUCACUCGAUUUUGCAAAGGAUUUGGAGCGGAGAAUACCCGGCAGCGCUCUAAUAAUGCCAACAGAUUAA